AAUACAGACUGAAAUAUCGUAUACUGUAAAACUGAAUGCUGAAAAAACCUGACGUGCAAUUUUCAGGCUAACCGCGUGGGAAUCAGUGAGUUACUCGCUCUUGUGUGCUGCUAGCAAACACAUCCGACACGAGGAGACAGAAAAUGCCACCAAAAGGAAAGGGUGGCAAAGGUGCUAAAGGGGCUGCUGCUUCAGGUAGUGGGGACAGUGAUAAGAAGGAGAAGGCUCAGAAAGGAGGGACAGCAGUAAAGGUUCGGCAUAUUCUGUGUGAAAAGCAUGGCAAGUGUAUGGAAGCCAUGGAGAAACUCAAAUCUGGUAUGCGCUUCAGUGAGGUGGCAGCACAAUACAGUGAGGACAAAGCCAGACAAGGAGGUGACCUUGGCUGGAUGACAAGAGGAUCAAUGGUGGGACCAUUUCAGGAUGCAGCGUUUGCACUACCCAUCAGCACUAUGGACAAACCUGUAUACACGGAUCCUCCUGUGAAAACAAAGUUUGGCUACCACAUCAUCAUGGUGGAAGGCAAAAAGUGAUCCUGCUUAAAUAGACUUGGAGCUUGUGGUACAAUCCACUGCAUUUACGAACAUUUGCAACAAUGCAGUCAUGAUUUUUUAUAUCACAAUGUAAAUAUGAUCUAAUAAAACUGAUCUUAAUGAGCAAA